UCACUCCGAAGGCUCGAACGUCACCAGCAGCUGCUGAGGGGAUGUGGGAUUUUCCAGUGUAACCGCUCCUUCAACAAGCCAAGGAGAGACUGCGGAUCUCGCUAAACUUCAAACUGUUGGAUAAUCUGUUGGAAUUUAUUGGAAAUCGCUUUCGUUCGACCGGGUUAACAAAAAGAUUAUAAGGCCCACCCAAAGCAGCGGAAUCUUCGAUAUUACAUGUCUUAUGAAGAACAGUGUCCUCGCUAUACUCCCAGCCUCUCAAAGAUUAUUUACAAAUGAAUUGUUUACUGCAAUACAGAUUAAUUUGUUAUUUCUGAAGUACAGCCGUUUUGCUGAGGAGAUUGAUUGACACAGAUUGAAGGGCUACAGAAUGAGAAGAUGGCAUGUUUCCUCACUCAUCCGGGGCCUGACAGUUUACGCAAAUUCACCAGAGAAUCUUUGGCUGAAAUUGAGAAAAGAAUUGCUAAGGAAAAAGCUGAAAAGGCAACAAAACCACCGGUAGAAGAUGAAGAUGACAAACCCCAACCCAAAAGUGAUCUGGAGGCUGGCAAACCCUUGCCAUUUAUUUAUGGAGACCUCCCUUCAAACUUAAUUGCAGAACCUCUGGAAGAAUUAGACCCAUUUUAUAGCUCAAAGAGAACAUUCAUUGUGAUAAACAAGGGGAAUGCCAUUUUUCGGUUCAGUACAACGUCUGCACUGUACUUGCUGAGUCCCUUUCACCCCCUCCGGAGAAUUGCCAUCAAAAUCCUUAUCCAUUCAUUAUUUAGUUUAUUCAUCAUGUUUACAAUUUUAGCAAACUGUGUGUUCAUGACAAUGAGUGAUCCAGCGCCUUGGACAAAAAAUGUAGAGUAUGCAUUCACUGGGAUUUAUACCUUUGAAGCAAUGAUAAAGAUAUUUGCUCGUGGAUUUGUCAUUGAUGACUUUACAUUUCUUCGUGAUCCAUGGAACUGGCUGGAUUUUAGUGUCAUCACAAUGGCAUAUGUCACUGAAUUUGUGGAUUUGGGUAAUGUCUCAGCCCUAAGAACAUUUAGAGUGCUCCGGGCACUGAAAACCAUCACAGUUAUUCCAGGGCUAAAAACGAUUGUUGGAGCUCUGAUCCAGUCAGUAAAGAAAUUAUCAGAUGUGAUGAUCCUGACAGUUUUCUGUUUGAGUGUAUUUGCACUUGUUGGCCUACAGCUGUUUAUGGGAAAUUUGAGACACAAAUGUGUGAUAUGGCCACCAUCUCCAGAGCUGUUAUAUAAUUACACCUUCAUAGAGAGUGGGUCAGGAAUGGACAAUGAUAGCCUGAUCAAUACAGAAUUCGACUUGAAAGCCUACCUAGAAAAUGAAGAUAACCAAUACUUUCUAGAAGGUUCUCCUGAUGCUCUCCUGUGUGGGAAUGGCACAGAUGCUGGGAGGUGUCCUGAUGGUUAUAUGUGUUUUAAGACUGGGAGAAAUCCAAACUAUGGUUACACCAGCUACGAUACCUUUAGUUGGGCAUUUCUGUCACUAUUCCGUCUCAUGACACAAGACUACUGGGAAAAUCUCUUCCAGUUGACUCUCCGUGCUGCUGGAAAAACCUAUAUGAUCUUCUUUGUGGUUAUCAUUUUCAUCGGGUCUUUUUACCUGAUCAACUUGAUUCUGGCAGUGGUGGCAAUGGCUUACGCUGAACAAAAUGAGGCCACACGCCUGGAAGCUGAGGAGAAGGAGAAAGAGUUUCAAGAGAUUUUGGAAAGCAUAAAAAAACACCAAAAAGAACAAGAAGCUCUGUUACAUGCCUCCAAAGAACACUCUGGUAGCCAUUACUCAUUGUCAAGUGACAGAAUGGAGAAGAAAAAUGGCUCUGACAAACAUCUCCCUGAGGAUGAGCAUGGAGCUAAGGAAAGAGAGGGUCAACGAUGGUCGCUAACAAUUCCACAAACCAAACCAUCGGUCAUCAUUACAAUUAAUGGAGUUGUUUCUCAAGAUGGCGAAAGUGGCACAGCACCUAAUGGCAGAGUUGUACCAUCAACUAUUACAAACAAAGGGGACAAGAAUGAUGACGUAGCUGGUAUGGAUAUUGAAGAUGAGACUUCUGGAUCUAAACGUACCUCCACAUUUCUGGAAGAACCACCACCACCAAUGAGAGCUGGGAGUGUAGCUAGUAUGUACAGCAGCGCCAGGCUGGAUGAGCUGGAAGAAGCACAGCAGCGUUGUCCUCCCUGGUGGUAUAAAUUUGCCAAUACAUAUCUAAUCUGGGAUUGCUGCCCGCUGUGGAUAAAAUUCAAAGAAAUCUUGAAGAUUAUUGUGAUGGACCCAUUUGUGGAUCUGGGAAUCACUAUUUGCAUUGUGCUGAACACUCUCUUUAUGGCAAUGGAGCACUAUCCCAUGACUGAAACUUUUGAAAACAUGCUCUCUGUUGGAAAUUUGGUAUUCACAGGGAUUUUCACAGCUGAAAUGGUGUUAAAAUUGAUAGCUCUCGAUCCUUAUUACUACUUUCAAGUUGGUUGGAAUAUAUUUGACAGCAUCAUUGUGACUCUCAGCUUGGUAGAGCUAGGACUGGCUAAUGUGCAAGGAUUAUCGGUGCUUCGUUCAUUCAGAUUGCUGAGAGUUUUCAAACUUGCAAAGUCUUGGCCCACUUUGAACAUGCUGAUCAAGAUCAUUGGGAACUCGGUGGGUGCACUGGGGAAUCUGACACUCGUCCUUGCCAUUAUUGUUUUCAUCUUUGCUGUGGUUGGAAUGCAGCUCUUCGGCAAGAUGUACAAGCAAUGUGUUUGUAAGAUUUCAGAUGAAUGCACCCUCCCACGGUGGCACAUGAAUGACUUCUUUCACUCGUUUCUGAUUGUGUUUCGCAUUCUUUGCGGAGAAUGGAUUGAGACGAUGUGGGAUUGCAUGGAGGUAGCAGGACAACCCAUGUGUCUCAUCGUUUUCAUGUUGGUCAUGGUGAUUGGUAACCUGGUGGUGCUUAACCUCUUCCUGGCCUUGCUGUUGAGCUCCUUCAGUGCAGAUAACCUCUCAGCACCUGAUGACGACUCAGAAAUGAACAAUCUGCAAAUUGCACUCAACAGAAUCACCAGGGCGAUAGAUUUUGUAAAAGGCUUUAUGAUCAGUAUCUUUCGAAGAAAGAAGCCUGACCAGGAAGAGAAGCAAUUAGAUGACUUGUCUUCUUCAAAAACUGGGGCUCUUGACUUUAACCACACCGACACAGAGACUGGAAAGGAGGAGCAUUCUAAACUUGAUGGGGUUACCACAAUGAAAGGGAAAUAUCUUCGAGAUAAAGGUGACCACAUGGGCCUCUUGGCCAAUGCUCACUUGACUGUUCGUGUUCCCAUUGCCAAAGGUGAAUCAGAUUCUGAAGAGGAGGAACAAAGCUCUGAAGCAGACAUUGAGGAUACCAACAUGGAUUUGGAUGUAUUGCCAGUGAAAGAUGAAAUUCCCAUACCUACUAAAUUGAAUAUAGACUCGUCCCAGUGCAGUACCGUGGACCUGAAACCUGAGGAAGAAGAGGUAAAGGAGGCUGCAGAAGAAAAUCCUGAGAAUAAUGACCCAGAAGAAUGCUUGACAGAAGGCUGUUUGAGAGUCUGUCCUUGUCUUGACAUCAAUAUAAAGAGUGAUCGAGGCAAGAUGUGGUGGAAUCUGAGGAAAACCUGCUUCAGGAUAGUGGAACACAACUGGUUUGAAACAUUCAUCAUCUUUAUGAUCCUGCUGAGCAGUGGUGCCCUGGCAUUUGAAGAUAUUUACAUUGAGGACAGGAAAGUGAUUAAGACCCUGCUUGAAUAUGCUGACCAAGUAUUUACAUAUAUCUUUGUGGUGGAAAUGCUGCUCAAAUGGAUAGCAUAUGGAUUCAAAACAUACUUCACCAAUGCAUGGUGCUGGCUAGACUUCAUGAUUGUUGAUGUAUCUUUGAUCAGCCUGACUGCAAAAAUCCUUGGCUAUGAUGAGUUGGGACCCAUUAAAUCCCUCCGGACCCUGAGGGCCCUGAGACCUCUGCGAGCUUUGUCCCGGUUCGAGGGAAUGAGGGUGGUUGUGAAUGCUCUGGUCGGUGCCAUCCCAUCCAUCAUGAAUGUGCUCUUGGUUUGUCUCAUCUUCUGGCUGAUUUUCAGUAUAAUGGGAGUCAACCUGUUUGCUGGAAAGUUUGCCAAAUGCAUAAACAUCACAUCCUCAGAGUUAUAUCCCAUUGAGAAAAUAAACAACAUGAGUGAUUGCAUGGAUUUAAUCACACAACAUCCUGGUGAAGCACGAUGGCUCAACUUGAAGGUCAACUUUGACAAUGUUGGUCAAGGAUAUCUAUCCUUACUCCAAGUGGCAACCUUUAAAGGCUGGAUGGCUAUAAUGUAUGCAGCUGUUGAUUCCCGUGAGAUGGAACAGCAGCCCUCAUAUGAAAUUAAUAAAUAUAUGUACUUGUACUUCGUCAUUUUCAUCAUCUUCGGAGCAUUCUUCACCCUCAAUCUCUUUAUUGGUGUAAUUAUUGACAAUUUCAACCAACAGAAGAAAAAGUUUGGAGGAAAAGAUAUCUUUAUGACAGAAGAGCAGAAGAAAUAUUACAAUGCUAUGAAGAAGCUUGGCUCGAAGAAACCACAAAAACCCAUCCCAAGACCAAAUAAUAAAUUUCAAGGAUUGUUCUUUGAUUUCGUCAGCAAGCAAGCCUUUGAUAUCUUCAUCAUGAUUCUCAUCUGCCUCAACAUGGUAACUAUGAUGAUAGAAACAGAUGACCAAAGUGAAGAAAAAACUAAUAUUCUUUACUGGAUCAACUUGGUGUUUAUUGUUGUGUUUACCAGUGAAUGUGUGCUCAAGAUCAUCGCUUUAAGAUACUAUUACUUCACCAUUGGCUGGAACAUUUUUGACUUUGUUGUGGUGAUUCUUUCAAUUGUGGGUAUUAUGUUGGCAGAUAUAAUAGAGAAGUACUUCGUAUCACCUACUCUGUUCAGAGUUAUUAGAUUGGCCAGGAUUGGUCGGGUCCUGCGACUUAUCAGAGGAGCUAAAGGAAUUCGAACUCUGCUAUUCGCCUUGAUGAUGUCACUUCCUGCUUUGUUCAACAUUGGCCUUUUGCUGUUUCUGGUGAUGUUCAUCUAUUCCAUUUUUGGAAUGUCCAAUUUUGCGUACGUGAAAAAGGAAGUAGGCAUCGAUGACAUAUUCAAUUUUGAAACCUUUGGCAACAGCAUGAUCUGCCUGUUUCAGAUCACCACCUCGGCUGGGUGGGAUGGUCUGCUCUCGCCCAUUAUGAACAGCGGACUCCCUGAUUGUGAUCCUAAUAUAGCUAAUCCAGGGACCGAUGUUAAAGGGAAUUGUGGAAAUCCACCAGUCGGGGUCGUCUUUUUUGUCAGCUACAUCAUCAUUUCCUUUCUGAUUGUGGUGAACAUGUACAUCGCCAUCAUCUUGGAGAACUUCAACGUGGCCACUGAGGAGAGUGCGGAACCACUUUGCGAGGAUGACUUUGAAAUGUUCUAUGAAGUCUGGGAAAAGUUUGACCCGGAGGCCACGCAAUUUGUCGAGUACGCCAGAUUGUCGGACUUUGUCGACACGCUGCAAGAGCCAUUGCGAAUUCCCAAACCGAAUAAGAUCAAGCUGAUUACCAUGGACUUACCGAUGGUGUCAGGUGACAAGAUCCACUGUCUGGAUAUCCUUUUUGCAUUGACCAAGGAGGUGCUGGGUGAAUCUGGAGAGAUGGACACUCUGAAGGAGUCUAUGGAGGAGAAGUUCAUGGCUGCCAAUCCUUCCAAGGUCUCGUAUGAACCCAUAACCACCACGCUUCGGCGGAAGCAAGAGGAGGUUUGUGCAAUCAAGAUUCAGCGAGCGUUCCGGCGUCACUUGCUGAAACGCUCUGUCAAGCAUGCAUCCUAUUUGUACCGCCGGAGUGCGACUGAUGCAAUUCUCCACCAUGAAGAGGCUCCAGAGAAAGAAGGGCUGCUUGCUGCUCGACUGAGUCAAAACUACGGUAUAUACCAGCCUGGCAUAGUAGCUCCACCACCUUUAGCUCUGGAAGAAGCAACAACUCCUAUAGAAGUAUUAGCAACUCCCACAGAAGGGACAACUUCUACAGAUGAAACAACAACUCCUAUUGAAGGAGCAACAACCUCUACUGAAGAAGCAGUGACACCUAUAGAAGGAAUUCCCAUUGACACAGCAGCAACUCCUCGAGAAACACCAGCAACAGAUGCAGCAGCGAUUCACCAGAAAAUGGCAGUUACCCCACUGGAAGCAGCCAUACGCCCUCUAGAAGCUGCAAUUACCCCUCUAGAAGCUUCAGUAAGUGCAGCCAAACCAGAAGACUGGAUUCCUGAAACAAAGGACAUUAGAGAAUCAAUUGUAUAAUUGGGGUUGAAAGUACUUGUAAUGAAACAAGCAUAAAAAACACAGCACAAGGUGCCAAGCUGUCUAGCACUAGUGCCUUCAAGAAUGCUACUCCGUCUCUAGUUUUUGAGCACUGAGAUUGCAGUCUACAAAUGGGGAGUGUAUUGUGCAACUGAUCUUUGCAGUACAAGCCAGGAGGAUCUACAGUACAUUUACAGCCCUUGAGCCAGAGAAAAAUGCCAUCUUUUAAAAAGAAUCUCUCUAACAUUCUUGACUGUAAUCAACACUAUGACAAAGUACUUAGCUGAAACUGGAAUAUGCAUCUCUGCAGUCUCACAAUUAGCCUUGUGUAUAAGAGAGUAACAUAGACUGUUGCUGUCCAUACAGAGAUGUUUUGGACUAUGUCCACUUCUUCAGGAAAAUGUGGUUGAUCCUUGUACAGUAAUUGGAUUUAUAUCAGAUCUCCUGAUUUUAAUUAAUGCUGAACGUUAACCAAGGUGGCCUUUUGAUAGUCAUGGAAACAAAAUCAUUAUCACAUGGUAGGUUAGCCCAAAGAUCAUUACUUCAGUUUCAUUUCAAAGUUGUUCAACUUAAAAAUCCACUUAGCUCUUUCAAUACUGUGCUUUUACUAAUCAAAUAAAUGACAGAUGUUUAAAAUAUAUGCAGCAUUCAGAUUAUCGUUGAAGAUUAACUUUCAUAUAGUACAUUUCUAUUGUACGAAUGAAUUCAAAAUGAAAAGCCACUUAAUUAAUAGCUAUGUUAUAAUCUUUCUGAAACUCAGCUGUUCAGAUACUAUUUUAAAUAUAAUAAUUUUUGCAUGCUGCAAGACACCAAAAUAGAUCGGCAUUCAACAAGUCUCUCAAUUACGGUUCUUUGGUGUAAAUGCGUUAGACGGUGACACAAGUUCUGUCUGCAGUAUGUGGAGCCCGAUAUGGUACAUUAAUGUAUCAGGGUAGAUAUUGUUACUGCUGUAAUGAUUUUUACUGCCACUGUGCAAUUUGUCAAAUCCUGAGUCCUUCCUUUAGUUCAAGUUGAAGUAACAAUUAAAUUCUGUUGCAACUUCACCAAGAAGAACAGUCCUUUGCUUAGACGAACAUAAAACAUAGAUUAAACAUACUGAUUCUAAAAUGUUGAUUCGUUAACAGUUUGCUUUCAAUCAGUGAAUUACUCAUAACAACCUUGAAUACUCUCUUUGUGAACAUAUUAAAGAAGAUUUUUCCAACUCUAUUUAAUGUAGAUUCUGUGUCACAGCAUCACAGAUCUCUGCACUUUCAGCUUGUAGUGCUUCGAGAAAUUGGCUUGAAAGUUAAAACCUGAAGAUCUUUUGAAAUAGAUUUGGUAAAUGAGGCAAAUUUGGAACUCUUGCAAUUUGUUUCUCAGGAGUACAGCAUAUUUGACUAAAAUUAGACAGCUGAGAGGCUUGCACCCAGCCUGAGAGAAAGGUUUUUAUUGAUGUUGCUAUGGAUAAGAAAAGACCCUCACAAUCUUUAUUUAACUUCCCACGUUUUUGGCUAAUUUCAGACUUGUGCAUCCAUAAUUUUUUCCCCACCUCCUGGGAUAAGUAACAAACAAGAGACCUGUAGCUAAUCAAGGAGUCCUCUGAUAAUAAAGUCUCUCUGACCUCCCAUGUGCAAUCAAACAUUCUGUCAGCACACUAAGAUAGCACAUGGUUUUCCAAAUUACUUUAUUCUUGCCUUCCAUAUAUCAUUGUCGCCUCAUUCUUCAGAAAUCUACCUUUCUUGGAGAUCCAAAGAAACCAGUCUACCACAUGACCACUGGAAUCUUCUACCACAAUUUCCCCCUCUCUGGGAAAGAUAGUCAACUGCAUGCCCUGCUGUCUCAGUUUGUAGAGUUGGCACCUGGUAAUAAUCCAUCCCAUCACCUCAAACAUACUCUCAACUUGCAUGAAGUCUCUAAUUUCUAGAAUCAUUAAUAAAAGUUUUCAUAUAGGGUCAUCAGGAGCUGGAGUAGACCAGUCAGCCUUUCAAAGCUGUAUUCAUUCGUGUAGAUUGUCAUUGAUGUGUACCUCAACUCCAUUGUUCUACCUUUGGUCCAUGUAUUCCAGAUACUGUUCGCUAACAAAAAUCUCACCACCUCAAUCUUGAAAGCUUCAAUUAUCCUGGCAUUCAGUAUUUGGAGAGAAUUCUAAAUGUCCACUACCCUUUGUGUGAGAUUGGUCCUUAAUUUUGUUUCUAAAUGGCCUGGCUUUAAUAUUGGCACUAUUCCUUUUUGUUCUUGAUUCUUCAACUCAAGUAAGUUGCUUCUCCACGUACAUUCUACCCUUCAACAUUUUAUACUCCAGGGAAUACAAUUUCAGUUCAUGCAAACUGUCCUCCUUGGAAUCUGACCAACAUCCAUGUUCAUAGGUUUCUAACAGUAAGGAGCUCCUGGACAACAAUGCUGUUGACCUAAGUCUUUGGGAAAUGUGAAAGUUUAAGGUCAACAAGUUCAUAUAGAAUUUGCAGUGUGUAAGAAGUGUCACAUCACACCUGAGAGCCUUAGACAUUUUACCAGAAUAAUGUUUGGGCUCUUUUAACAGAAUAAAAUAUUAUCAACAUAUCCAUAUGAUUGUGACACACCAACUUCAUCACUUUAUGGUCACAUCUUGGGCAACCCAUUUUUAAACUUGAACUUGAACAAACUGCAAGGAGGAAGUGUUGCAAAUAUUCACCCUACGCCUGAGGUCAAAUCUGUGUCAUGCAAACUUGUUGAGGAAACUUGCUGGUUUUAAUCCAAAAGAGAAAAUGCUGGAAAAUCUCAGCAGGUCUGGCAGCAUCUGUAAGGAGAGAAGAGCUGAUGUUUCGAGUCUAACUGAUCCUUUGUCAAUUUGCUUUUAUUGCUGGUUUUAAUGCUGAGUUUUCGGAUCAGGUUAAAUCAAUCCGCCACUCUGGUAUUAACUCCAAAUUGAUACUAAGGUUGGAAUUACUGUUCAAAGCCUGCUUUCAGACAAUUGUCCAGAGGGCAAAAACAGUCAAUAGAGGUUUUUUUUCUUUACAACAGUGCUUUGUGAUUAUAGAAGCAGGAUUCAUUAGCAGUCGUACUUUUCUGCAACAGUGCUAGAUAGUUGAUAACGAGUUGAAAGACCAUUUAUAUCUCUUCCUAACCUCAAUCAAAAUAAAACUUGGGAGAGCCAUAAAACAGGGAGAAAGUGAGGACUGCAAAUGCUGGAGUACCAGAGUUGAAAAAUGUCAU